GCGCCUGCGCGUCGGGCUCCCGUGGGGUCCACGCAUUUCCUACCCGGCCGCCGCGAACAGGCGUAAAGCUCUUUCUUCAGUGCUCGCUCUAGUGCGCGCGCCCGGACGGCGCCUGCGCAGAGGGCAAGGAACCUGGUACCCCGGUGCGGUCCCGGCGCCUGCGCGCUGCGGACUGUGGGGGCCUCUCGGCCCGAGGCAGAGGAGCAGGGAAGAUGGCGGCUGUGGUGGAGAAUGUAGUGAAACUCCUUGGGGAGCAGUACUACAAAGAUGCCAUGGAGCAGUGCCACAAUUACAAUGCUCGCCUCUGUGCUGAGCGCAGCGUGCGCCUGCCUUUCUUGGACUCACAGACCGGAGUAGCCCAGAGCAAUUGUUACAUCUGGAUGGAAAAGCGACACCGGGGUCCAGGAUUGGCCUCCGGACAGCUGUACUCCUACCCUGCCCGGCGCUGGCGGAAAAAGCGGCGAGCCCAUCCCCCUGAGGAUCCACGACUUUCCUUCCCAUCUAUUAAGCCAGACACAGACCAGACCCUGAAGAAGGAGGGGCUGAUCUCUCAGGAUGGCAGUAGUUUAGAGGCUCUGUUGCGCACUGACCCCCUGGAGAAGCGAGGUGCCCCGGAUCCCCGAGUUGAUGAUGACAGCCUGGGCGAGUUUCCUGUGACCAACAGUCGAGCACGAAAGCGGAUCCUAGAACCAGAUGACUUCCUGGAUGACCUCGAUGAUGAAGACUAUGAAGAAGAUACUCCCAAGCGUCGGGGAAAGGGGAAAUCCAAGGGUAAGGGUGUGGGCAGUGCCCGUAAGAAGCUGGAUGCUUCCAUCCUGGAGGACCGGGAUAAGCCCUAUGCCUGUGACAAUAGUUUCAAACAAAAGCAUACCUCGAAAGCGCCCCAGAGAGUUUGUGGAAAACGUUACAAGAACCGACCAGGCCUCAGUUACCACUAUGCCCACUCCCACUUGGCUGAGGAGGAGGGUGAGGACAAGGAAGACUCUCAACCACCCACUCCUGUUUCCCAGAGGUCUGAGGAGCAGAAAUCCAAAAAGGGUCCUGAUGGAUUGGCCUUGCCCAACAACUACUGUGACUUCUGCCUGGGGGACUCAAAGAUUAACAAGAAGACGGGACAACCCGAGGAGCUGGUGUCCUGUUCUGACUGUGGCCGCUCAGGGCAUCCAUCUUGCCUCCAGUUUACCCCCGUGAUGAUGGCGGCAGUGAAGACAUACCGCUGGCAGUGCAUCGAGUGCAAAUGUUGCAACAUCUGCGGCACCUCCGAGAAUGACGUGUGUAUCCCGCCCCCUCCUCAGCAUGGCUCCUUCUGGGCUUUUACUGCUGUUUGCACAGUUCCCUCUAAAGACCAGUUGCUCUUCUGUGAUGACUGCGAUCGUGGCUACCACAUGUACUGUCUCACCCCGUCCAUGUCUGAGCCCCCUGAAGGAAGUUGGAGCUGCCACCUGUGUCUGGACCUGUUGAAAGAGAAAGCUUCCAUCUACCAGAACCAGAACUCCUCUUGAUGUGGCCACCCACCUGCUCCCCGACAUAUCUAAGGCUGUUUCUCUCCUCCACUUCAUAUUUCAUACCCAUCUUUCCCUUCUUCCCCCUCUCCUUCACAAGUCCAGAGAACCUUGGGGUGGUUGUGCCAGCCUGCCUUUGGCAGCUGCAAGCUGAGGUGGCAGCUCUGACCACCUCUGGCCCCAGGCCCUCAGGGAGAAAGGUGCAACACACUGCCCCUAGGCGUGCGUGUGGCCCAGUUUCUCUCUGCUCUCCAUUAAGUGCAUUCACUCUGCUUGCCUUGGGCCCAGGCCCUGGUGAUCACAGGGUUCAAACAGUGUCCUCCUAGAAAGAGUGGGAGAGCAGCUCACUUCUCUGUGUUCUGCCUCCCCUCUGGUCUCCAGAGUUUUCCUGUCCUCUAGAGGCAAGCCAGGCCGGGGAGCUGGGAGCGAGCAAGCUGAGGCCACGUCCACAAGGAGCUUUUCAUGCCCCUGUGCCGCAUAGCCUCACCUCUUUCCUCCAGAGUGGCUCUCUGCGGCCCUGUGUUCCUGCUACAGAGGGUUCUUUUCUGGAGUCAGGAUGUUCUCGGUCACCCUCCUGGUUCUGCCCUGUCCCACUCCACCCCACCCCAGGGGGAACAGUAGCUUCACCUUGUUAUUCCCAUUGAUCUCCUGGCUCUUAUGGGCAGUCUCCAGUGACUGAAGCAUUCCCCACCCUUGGAAUUUCUCAUCUUCUGCCUCCCUUCCUACUCCUUUUGGUUUUGUGGGGAGAGGGGAAGGAUCAGGGGGCCAGGCCAGCAGCUCGGGGGCCACAGGGAGAUGGAUAAUGUGCCUGUUUUUUAACACGACAAAAAAGCCUACCUCCAAAAUCCCCUUUUUGUUCUUCCUGGACCUGGGCAUUCAGCCUCCUGCUCUUAACUGAAUUGGGAGCCUCUGCCACCUGCCCCGUGUAUCCUGGCUCUCAGCUCAUGGGGAAGCCACAUAGACAUCCCUUUCUUCCCUUGCACGCUCGCUAGCAGCUGGUAAGGUCUUCACACCCUGAUUCCUCAAGUUUUCUGCUUAGUGGCACUGACAUUAAGUAGUGGGGGGACAGUCCAUGCCAGGACACCCUGGAGUAGCCUUCCCCCUUGGCCGCGGGCAGGCCCUAACUCACUGUCGCUUUGGAGUUGAGGUGUCUUUUUUUUUUCUUUCUUUAGUUCCUGUAUUCUAAACAUUAGUAAAAAUAAAUGUUUUUACACAGA